AGCAGUAUGUACAGUUCUCUCUGGGCAGCUCCCUGGCUCACUACUCAUUUUUGACCAGACACAGUUACAGAAAGAACCGAAAGCGUAGCGUAAGCAACAUGUCUUCGCUUCUUCAUGUAGUAGGAAGAAGCAUGUCAGCAGCGAGGGUGUGGCGUCCGGUGUGCCCCAUCUUGCAGCGCCUCAGUCAACAACGGGCCACACCUCGUCUCAGGCCUUUUUCCUCAGCUAUGGCAAUGCAGAGCCCCCACCGCCAGCCCCAAUUGAAUGAAGUGCAGGAGUUGAAGUGGCUUCACCAAGGCGAUGGCAGAGUAGAGGACAUGGUAGUCAUGAACAAACACGGCAUUUGGGGCCAGGGCGGAUAUUUUACCUUGCACUUAGAACAACCAUUUGAACCAGAGCAGUAUCUUCAAGCACUUACUCAUCUGUAUAAUAAGGUUCAUCUGUUGAGGACCUGUUUCCGCCCCCGUGGCAAAGAGUGGUGGCUGUGUGAGAUGCCAAUACCUUCCAUCGACUUCCAGGUUGUUGAAGGGUCAGAUCCACUUAAGGAAGCACAGUCAAUGAUAAACAUGCCCUCAAAUUUGAUCGAUGGACCUCUGUGGCGCGUUCGACUUCUAUCAUCUACCCCUGAAGCCUAUCCUCCUCGCCCAGAGAUAAACGAAAAAUUUCCAUAUCGGAACACAGUGAUAUUUCUGUGCCAACAUGCAGCUAUUGAUGGUGUUGAUCUGAUGAUGAUUCUUGUUUGGUUCCACAAGAUAAUUGAUGAUAUGAUCAGCGGAAAGCCCAUUGAUGAUUCGCAAUUUGGUCAAAUUGCAGACCACAGUCAGACAUCAGAAAUUACCCAACAAAUAAAAUCGGCUCUUGAAAAUGAUCCUGAGCGGUUAAGUUCAUUACUUAAACUUAAAAAAGAGGAGCCGGCCACGUCUGUCCUCAUUGAAGCUUUGGGAGCCCCAGAACCCUCUCAGACAGAGACAAAAUUCCUGGAAAAUGUUUUUCUGAAUAUCUCGGACGUUGAUAAGUUUCAUGCCAAGUGUCAGUCUGAAAAUAUAUCGUUCAAUGCUGGAUUUACGAGUGUAAUUAACACAGCUCUUGUUGAGGUAGUAAGGGAGGCCGGCUUGACACGAGACGCCUACAAUAUUAGGAGUCGUGUUCCCAUUGAUAUGCGUCGUUACAUGAAAGGUUACUCCAAGUCCUUCCCUAUGGGCUUCCAUAAUGCUCCAAUGUAUCAGAACAUUUCAACACCUUACAAUGUUAAAGAUCAUUUCUGGAUGUAUGCAAAGCAGUAUGAUGUUCAAUUUCAGAACAACUUGAAGAACAAAUUAUUUAUUGAAAAUAUGGUCAUUGAUAGAAUGCUUCGGCCAGCUGAUUUUUCUCCUGAGAAAUCCUUACUAAAUCCACAACCUAUUACGAUUGACUAUUUGUUUACAAAUAUGUUUACACCUCUUUUAAGAACAUACGGAGUAGGUAAACAUGUUCAGUUAACAGAUCUUAAAAGUUAUGCAAAUAUUCAUGAUCUUGACGUUACAUUCAUGUGCGUCUUACUCAAAAUAUGUGAUGAGGUCCGAUUUGAUCUCUGGUACUCAUCACGGGGAUUAACAGAAAAUACAGCACAAAACAUUGUUGACAAAACUGUUUCAAUCAUCAGUGAAAUUUGUGAAAAUAUAUAAUGUUUAGAUGUCAGUUCAAGGAAUUUCUUCAUAUGCAAGAAAUCAUAGAUGUCAAGACUGGGUCACUUUGAGGCUCAAAUAGCCAAAUUACAUUUCAAUAUUUACUGUAACAUUUCAACGUAAAUGUACUUAGUUAUGUGUAAUGUAAAAAUGGCUCCAGCAAGUCAGUGAUAGAUAGUAAGUGCUCUCAAAACAUAAAGCCUCAUUAUCCAGCCAAUCCACCUCUUUUGGUGAGUACUAAUAGUAACGAUGAGGGCACUGGUAUAUAUGACGAUGUACAACGAAAUUAGAGAGUAGAAAUCUGAACUAACGAGUUGGACAAACCGGAUAAUUAUUUUUUUACUUGUGUUACUUUGAUACACACCCUCAUGUUGAUGAUUAGUGGGCAUCUGGGGGUUCCAAGAAUUAUACUCAUGGCUUCAUUUCUAAUUUCCUCUAAAGCUUUCAUUCUAUUGCUAGAGAGACUCAUAAGGUGCAGGGCACUGUAGUCGGAUAGUGACAUAAUGGACAUCAUGUAGAACAUUCUAGCAUUUUUUACACUGAUAGAGGUGACGAUCAUUAAGUUUUGCUUUAAAUUCAUUUCAAUUUUAAUUUUGAUGACCAAAUACACAAAAUAUCAUUACCAUAACUAAACCAAGGAAUAAUUCUGAGUGUAAUUUUUCAAAUAAAUUUCUUUAAAAAAUUUCAUAUACAAAUUUGAAAGAAAUAGAGGUAGUAGAUUUUCCCGUGCCAUUCCAAAAGUCUGUAGAUAAUAGUCAUUAUUAAAAGUAUAUAUACUUUCUUUUAUACAUAGCUUUAGGAUAGUAACAAUAAUAUCAGAAGGCAGGUUCUUCUGAUAUACAUCGUUCAUUAAUUCAUGAGCAAGGUAAUGUCGAAAAACAUCAACAUGAAUUUUAGUAAAUUAAGAACAUGCAUCAAAAGCAAUUAAUUUAUAUUCAGAAAUGAUUGAAACAUUCUUUAAUUUGUUAAAGAUCAUUUAACUGAAGAUUAACUAAAUCCACCGAACUAGUCAAAUGCGAACUAGAAAUAAUACCAAACAGCGGGGACAAAAUUUUGGUGAGCCACUUAGAAAGCUCUAAGGUAAUGGGUCCCACAAAACUUAUAAUAGGCCUUAUAGUAUAAUUAGGCUUAUGAGUUUUGACCAAGCACUAAAGAUACAUCAAGGAAGUAGAUGAGGUUGUAAACUGGUUAAACUGGUUCGUUAUGAUCAUUAGGAUUUCUUAUUUUUACAUAUGUACAUUUAUUGUAUAAUUGAGAUCUGGAACAAAACAAAAAUUGUGGGGAUGGGGAAGGAGAUAAUUUGUGUACUGGAGUUGUAUUUUUUCCUGUAGACUCUCUCUUUAUCAUGAGGGUCAAUAUGGUUAGCGGUAUUUGUGAGAACUGUCUUUUAUCUUAUCGAUUUUAUUUAUGAUUCUUCAAACGAUUUUUGCACAUAUAUUGCCAAAAUAAUUUCUUUCUCGUAUUAGAAAUGUAAUAAGAUUGAUUUCAGUUAUGAUGCUGAAACUCCCAACCAUAUGUUAAAGAUUUGAGCAGCUCACUACUACCUUCUGUGUAAGGGUGAUGAGAGAUCCAACAUCACCCUUACUACUUGUCUAGUAGUAAACAGUAGUCAGAGAAAAACUGACUAGUGCUGUUUGUUGGCGGUAAAGUGUUGCUAACGCACCAGCGAGCAACCUAUAUUCAAGCUGGUUAAGUGUUGCCAAUCUAAUUAAACUUAAUAUUUCUAUUGUAUGCAACGUAUUAGCCAAUGAUAUUCCACUAUAUCUGUACCCUGAAAUACAGGUGUCUUAUUCGCCGAUCAGCAAAAAGAGUAAGGAAGACCCAGCACUCCUGAAAGCAACAAAACUUGAAACCAUUGAUUCCUUUAUAUAUAACUUACAGCCUCACGAACUAUAUGAUUACGCUGAUGGGUCUCUUCUUCUUCUUCUUGAUGGUAGGUGCAGCUUGCAUGAAGGGUUUAUCCUGCACGCGCACAAAUGUUGAGAAACGCACUAAUGGUGAGAAUGACUAAGUUUCAAGUGUUAUUGUGUUGUGGUGUAGAUAGAGGAGGAAUAUUGGAAGAUAUUUUUGUGCUGUAUGCAGAUUUUGCUAGUGGAGGCUAAUAGAUCAGCCUUAUAUUUCAUGUUCUCUGCUGAUUCCAUGUAUGACUAACCAUCCUGUGAGAUGGGGAUAUUAUUUGAACUUAUAGCUAAUUUUUUAUCUAUGCUGUGUAAUAUUUCAUACAGAAUAGGGUAGCAGCACAUUGAUGUAUAUACCUAAGUUUGUUAAUAAUAAUAAUAAUAAUAAUAAAGUAACACAAUAUUAGAGAAUAGUGUGCUCGCAUUUUAUGUUCUCUCCUGUUUCCAUGUGUGACUAACCAUCCUGGGAGAUGGAGAUAUUUUAUGAACUUAUAGCUAGUUUUCUUUUAUCUAUACUGUGUAAUCUUUCAUAUAGUAUAGGGUAGUAGCACAUUGAUGUAUAUACAUAAGCUUGUUAAGAAUAAACAAAAAAGUAACUUAAGCGAUUAGAGAAGUG